AUGGAUCGGAAGAUCGAUACAACCUUGGAGGAAAGACUCAGCGAUAUUGACGAAUUUAUCCAGUCUGAACUGGGAUUCCCUCCUGUGAGUCAUAACUCAGAGUCAGUUACAGUCGAAGAACUUUACAGCAUAAGCUCCCUGUUUCGUGAAGCUGGGGACGAAUUAUUAGGUGAGCAGAAACUUUAUUUGGGUGUUGCAAUUGUAUGCGUGGGUAUCGAAGGCAUAGUUCAUCACCGGCAGGCGGUUUAAGGAAUGAUCGAUCUACACGGUUAAGCCAUCCGCCUUUAGUUUCUCUCCUUUUGUAUUCUGCUUCCUGAUUUUUUGCUAUGUGGCUCUUUUUUGAGAAGUCAAAAGCUUAAAUUCGGAUCUCAAACGACACUCUGCUAACUGAUCAGAUACGUCUUAAAUUUACAUAAUACUUAUCUAAGUUGCAAACAGGCGCCAUCUCAGGCUAACGUGAGCUGUCUUAGGCCCCAUUCACACCAGCGGAGCACGUUAAGGAAAAGUAGGCUUAAAUGAAUGAAGAUCAGCGGAAGAAAAUUAAAAAUUUUGGUUAAGAUUUAACUAAACUGACUUACGUGUAUUUUUAUCAUGCUAAAUUCGAAGUCGACAAAACUUGAUGAUGAUGCGGCUUUUAUAUCGUGUAUUCUCCAUGUAAAUAUGCUCUAAUGCACUUUACAACAACUUUGGCAAGGCUCAAUAAGCAGUCUACAAUUUUUGUGUGAAAGGAGAUUUUUGCAUGUACCCCCAACUUUUUGGAAACAAGGCCAGAUCACAAUACCGGAAACCACGUUCGUAAUGUUUAUUAAAUGUGUGUAGGUUCUUAUACGUCCUCAGCCAACCAAUACAGAUAAUAUGCUCGAGAAGAGGCCGACGGUUUAUUGUCCUUAUCGACUUAAGUUUAAACAAUUUUUAUACAAGUUUGAAAAGCGAUUUUUGCAUGUACGUCCAACUUUUUGGGAACAAGGUCAGACUACAAUACCGGGAGCCACGUUCCCUUGUGUGUGCUAGACGUGCGUAGGUUGUUAUACGUCCUCGGCUAACCAAUACAGAUAAUAUGCUCGAGAAGAGGCCAACGGUUUAUUGUCCUUAUCGACUUAAGUUUAAGAAUUUUAUAAAGAAAGCACUUUCAAAACGGGUAGCACAAAACAGUUUUGUAGCAUGUUUUAACCUUGGUGUGAAUGGGGUAUAAUGUAAAAACAAGUAAGUAAAUUUCGUCGGUCGAACGUAUCUCAACUGCGAUGAUAACUUGAAAUCUUGCAGAGAACGAGACAAAUUGUGUCCCGAAGAGGGCUUGCGAAGUUGAAGUGGAAGUUCAGAUCGUGGGUCUCAAAGAUGUCUACGACAAAAAGACGAAGAAAACUAAAGAAGGAUUUGAAUAUCGCUUGGACGACGCAGAAGUAACUGUGAUUGUCCAAGCAUCUGAUGAAAUCUCCAGUAUUCGAGCUUACACUCAAAGGUGUCACGAGGCUGCGAUGAGGACUCAUGAUACAAUUGGUAUUCUAUGCAUAUUUUUAUACUUUCUUUAGGUGCCUUUGUUAUUUUUUAUCAGCAUCAUUUGACACGCUGUGCUCUACUUAAAAGACGGCAUUUUGAGAUAUUUGAUAUAUUUGUUUUUGUAGGUCCAGUGGAACUUGAUGUAAAAGUUGUUCAGAGUGAGGCCAGAUUCCGAGUCGUUGUAGUAGACCUUGGGUCGGUGUACAAGACACAGGGAGGUGAUCCAGUCUACUGGCUAGAGAAAGCAGAAGUCAUUGAAAGGAACAAAUGGGAAAUGAUGAUAGAAAUGGAGUUUGGUUCAGACUUGAAAGGAACAGUUAAGUCAGAGCCAUUCAGAGUUACAACCAAAGCAAGUUACAAGAUAAAAGGGAAAGGAGGUUGGUAUUUUUUUAUCAUUAAUGAAUGCAAGGAAGAUGAAAAGCGAACUGACUCUUGUCUGAUGAAAUAAGAUUGUUGUUGCGCAGGCAAAAUGCAGGCCAAAUAUUAAGAAAUGGUUUCAAGGUUCAGCUCAACGUUUUAGUUGAAAAUGGAGCAUUGGUACUCGGUUCUAUUUGCAUAAACUUUUAAACUAAAAGAAGGUAAUCAUUUGCCAAAAGGAAGUGGAGAUUGAUUAAAUUUUCGUUGGACGUCCGUCAUAUUAACUUCGAAUAUCCUACAAGCUUUUUUAGGUACUAAUAACCAACAAUUUCUCUUGUAGAUUUGCCCAGCUGUGGAAAUGUACAAAGGUUAUUUCGAAAAUUCGGUUGGCCAAGUGACAGCAGAGAUGUUCCUGAUAGACCCUUCAGUGGAAUAAAACAAGGUUGGUUAAAUGUUAUUUUUUUGUUUGUAUAUGCAAGUGGUUAUCUUCCUUUAUAAAAGUGUAAGUCUUUAAAGGAAAUCGUUCAAACUAUGCAGAUAUAAGAUAGAACCAUAACACAUUUUUGCUACGUAACAAUGGUUCUUUAUGGGUGCUCCUAAGUGUGUGGUAUGGGCAUGUGCAAAGUCUUAUUUUUCUGUUGUUGAUGAUCAGAAGCACAAUCCAGGGGUAAAUGUGUAACAUGGGCUUUAAUUAGCUUUUAAAAAAAGCAAUGACCUUUUUUAUUUUGCUCUUAUCCUCUUGUGUUGUAAAGAUAUAUUAAGUAUAAUAGCUAUGAGCUAUUAAUAGCAUUUGUGAACAAGUAAUGGCCCAAUGUUCUUGAAAAUUCUUGAGGUUACUAGACGUGUUGUCAUCCAAGUUUAAUUUUCAUCAAUCAAUACUCCUAUAAACUAACAAUGCCUAACUUAUUUAUCAUAUGUCUUCUAUUUUGAUGUUUCAUUCAUUUGUUUAUUUUUGGUUACUUUAAGUAAUAACCCUUUAGCCUAAAACCAUGAAGACGAGCUACUUAAGUGGUUGUUAGUUGUUUGAAGUAACUGUAUAAGAUUUAAAUUUUUUACGGAAUGUACUGGUGUCAUGUAGAACAGUGCGAAUUAUGGUUUACCAGCUGAAGUGAUGUCAUUUGUAUGAAUUAAAAGCAUUGGUGGAAAUGAUACGGAACUAUGAGAAGCUCCACACGUAAUGAAUUUGUUCCCUUGUGGUGAAAUUAUUGUUUUCAGCUACUUUUCUUGAUGUUUAUUAUGCAAACUGUCCGAUAACAACUUAGUUAGUGAAGUAGUGUGAAAUACGAGUUUUUUUUAACCAGUCACAAUCGAGGAAAUUGUAAUUUUUAUGAAUAUCCUCUUAAACCUCCAUUCUUAUUUCGUUUUCUCUCCAUCCUGUUACUCUUUUCGUUUUCGUAGUUUCCAUGUUGCCUUUUUGUUUCAAAUUUCAAACGUCAGGCUAAGUAUCAAGAAAACUGGUAGAAGAAAGAAAAAUCGGAAAAAAGAACGAAAAACACAUACCAAAACAUAAAACAGAUAUUUUGCUUUUAAACACUCUGCAAAAACAGGAGACGUUAGAAUAUAUGCUCGGUACAUCGAUAACGUGCUUUUUGCUUUUUGAUAAUCUCAAGGGUAUAACUGUCUUUACUAAAGUCAGGUUGAUUUGCGAUUAUUCUUUGUGCGAGCUGCUGCUGUUUGGCUUUUUGUGAUUUCUUUAAUUUUGUUCUAUGUGUCAGAAUUUGAACGUUGUUCAUUACCUUUUUGCGGUUAGUGCACUGCAUAGUGCUCUAGCCACUACGUUUUGUAUGUAGGAGUGAAAAAGUGAGUGUGCGCCAACAAACAGGUCUGCACGUGCAUAAAUCAUGACAUUCAUACGAAAAAUGGGGAAUGGGCGAAGGUUGAAGAAAAAAUGGAAAGUGAGGGAUGGGUAAUGAUGAAUCGGAAUUGAGAAAUUGAAAUUAAUUUGAAAAAUUGCUUCUACUUUGGAAUAAUCUCCUUCUACAACGAUAGUCGAUAUUAACACUUUUAAAUUAAAAAGAAAAAAGUAAAUUAGUGAUAGGAAAGGUUGCCCUUCCAUUGUUUGAUAAUGUGACCGCUUGAAUCUAAGCAACCAACAAAAAUUGUCAAUCUAGUUUCUAGAGGUGGCAAUAAUUACGGUCUUUGGUCAAACUCUGAAUACGAAACUGAAAUAUUGUAAGUAUCAGCGGAGGUACAGUAGGACGAAAGCAUGUUCGGUGAACCCAAGGGCGCCGCUAAUUUCAUAUAAAUUCAUCGUCUGCUCAGCUUGAUUUUCAGCUUUGCUAUUUUAUAAAAUGCUCAAAGAAAUGCGCGCGCCGUGAUUGGUCAGAACGAGUUCAUUAUAUUUCCAUAAAGCUUGUGCCUUACGUCACACGAGUGCACUGUUGAGAUAUAAUGCACGCAGCCUACGUCAUUGGUAUGAGCGCGCGCAAUUUACGAUACAUUUUAUAAAAGAAAUAAAAACUUGAAAUAAAAAAAGUGCGAGAAGCACUCACCUUAGGCUUGUUCCUCGAGAAUUUUCCAAAAAAUUUUGAAAACUCAACAAUGCAAUUAAUCCCGAGUUCCAAUAGUAAUCACAUGAGGUCUCAUGGGAUUUUCUUUUUUUAUUUUGAAAACUCAAUAAAGGGAUUACUUGUUUAAAUUUUAUACGAAGGAAAAUCACGCGCGCAGUCUAUUUUUAUCUGGGAAGCCUCUUUAGCGCUACGGCAAAUCAUCAAUCAAAUUGAACUGACCAAUCGAUUCAAUGAAAUUUUAUUCUCCAAAACUGUGUCGUGAUACACUGCCAAAAGUCUAGAAAACAAAGCUCAUUUCAACAGAGCGUUUCUGCCAACAGAAAAACAACAAAGUGCUUUUAACUGAACAAGGUAAUCAUGCCCUCUCUUGAUUACUAUAAAAAAUGCCCUCUCUCUCAACCAAUCAGCGCUCAGUAAUUUUGCCCUUUAUUGAUAAAGUCUGUAAUCACACGAGUGAUAAACAAAAUCGGACGACCGCAAAGCGGGAGUCCGAUUUGUUAAUCACGAGUAUGAUUACAGACAGAAUUGGACGACAAGAAGUCCUGUUACCAAUUAAUCAUAACCAUUUCAAUUUACGAAAAAAUAAAUACACCUAGAUUCCACAGUUUUUCUUUGGAUAAGUGGUUGUUGCCAUGGUUGUUUUGAUAAUUUCUGCGAUUGGUAGAUUAGCUGAGUGGACUUAGUAUGAUUGGCUGCUUCAAUUGUCCGAUUACAGGUGUCCGAUUACAGCCAACUGUCCGAUUACACUGUCCGAUUACCACUGUACAAAACGAUUAGUGAAAAAUGAUGCUGCGAAUGCACCAAUUAUAUUGAAGAAAAUUGUAAUGGUUAUGAUUAAUAAUGGUAAUUGAACUGAGUGGAGUGCAAUUUUUAUUGGUAAUCACAUGAUUUCGAGCGCAGUUUGGAAUAAAUAAGGACGAGUAAAUUUUUUUAAAGACUAACAAAAUUGCAAUUUGUGCAAUUUUGUUAGUCUUUAAAAAAAUUUGUGCAAUUUGUGGUUUUGACAAUAUAAACAAGUGCUUAUUUAUUCCAAAUUGCACGAGAAAAAUCAUGUGAUUACGUGUUAAUUAUAUCAUGAAAAAAUACGAGAUAGCUUAUCAUAAUUAAGCAGACGCAAAGCGCGCGUAUCAAGUGCAAAAAUAAUUUAUUCAAACCGUGCGUUUGGUCAAAACAACCGUGUGCUUGGACUUGGUCAAAUAUUUUAUUGAUGCAGUGCAGAGCCGGUUUGAAAUUAAAAUUAUCCAUUUUCUGGGGGGAAAAAUAAGAGUUUUUUGGAAACAAAAGAUGCAAAAUUUGCUACAUGAUACUCUUUGUCUUUCAUUUUCCUGCAAUUUGAUAGGUUACUUUAAACAAGCCUUGAAAUCUGUUUGGUUGUUUUGUUUUUGGUGUAGCCUCCUUAUAGACUGGGAAAAAGAUGCGAUUUAGUGCAAAAAUGGUGCGAUUCGUGAAUAAAUCGCACCAAUUAGUGCCAAUCAGAUUACAGGGACCAUCAGUGAUUUCAAAAUGGGUGUAAUAAAUUAUGUAAUGAGCUUCCAAUGAGCAUAAGGUGUUCUCCCUGUGAAUGAAAAUAAAAAUCUUGGUACUCAGUGAUCUCCCGGAGUGUGCAAUUGAUCUGAUAUAUUUAUCACCAAGUAUGGUGAAGUAUCGGAUUAACUUCGAUAUGUCUUCUGAGCUGGUAUUGAAAAUACUUUAGAGGUAUUAGAUUUGUAAAUAGUCAUUUUGGUUUACAGUGGUUUUAUCCUUUCACAGAAUUUUCAAAUGAAGCGGCAUGUUCUUUGAGCGGAGAAUUAGACGCCUUCUCUUUUACAAAGGAGGACGACAAUACAUCGGGACACUUUCCUGCUGACAGUUUUGAGACCGAUCUCGAGUCUGGUUGUGAACCCUUGGCUGGCAGGAAAAUUUUGUUUAGAGAUCACACCACUUUAGAUAGAAAGAUGGUUAGUGUUUAGUGACGUUGUGUGUUUUGGCUUGCGUCCACAUUGUUCGACAAAACAUGUUAUGAUCAGCGCGGCAUAACUAUAGAGCCAUGCUCUCUUCAUUCUUUCUCUUCAUCUGACUUCAAGGCAUUGAUGGUUAUUGCCUUGUGCUCCGAAUCCCACCACUCGUCUCAUCUACUGACUCAAUUAAUUGAAUUGUGUUUUAAACCAAUACCAUUAAUAUUUGCUUGCAGAGGAGAAGAUAUUGAUUAAAGGUCUUCUUAUAGGUUUCAAAGUAUUACAAUAGCAAAUCAUCAAUUCACUAUAUUGUGGAGCAACCCGAGGAUCCUGGUCUUCUAAAGUUGGUCGGGAAAAGAUGUAUGGUUGGGAGCUCUCGCCGUAAAGCAAACGGACACAAGAGCGCCGAAGAGGAUUUCUGGUGGGCUUGUGGGCACUGUUUCUUCGAACGUCGUAAGAAGUCGACCAUAAAAGCCCAUGUUAGUCAAAGGGUUUGUCAAAAGUCGAUUGAAAAUAAAUUGUCAAAGAGAAAAUUAACAAGCCGCCAACACAGUGAAAGUGACUUAGUGGAACCUCAUUUUCUUGGUUAUACGUGGAAGGACUCUCUUUCUGUGUGA